GUUCAGUAACCGCCGCUCACCUUGAAAGAGUGGUCACACUGCAGCGAGUGCUCUCCGUGAGUGUACAAGUCCACGUUAGACAGACAACAAUUGGCCAUCUUUUUUUUUUCAUUUUUUUUGUGUUCAAUGUUUAUUGUGAAGUGUGCGUUGGUGUUUUUAUUCUCGUCGCAAGUCUUUCGUUGAAAACUAUAUUUCAACAUCAGUUUGCCGGUGCAUGAUGGCAGAUUGUUGUUACUAACUGCGACUGAAACGUGGACGAAAAGGCCUUGUGUGUGUGUUUUUUUUUUGUUUUUGCACUCGCCUUUUGCCAAGCAAAUUUUGUGAAGCCAGCUGACACCCGAGUGUGGUAAGAAGAGAUUGGAAGUAGUUAGAUUACAAGGAUUUUUGAACUCCUUUUUUUAACGCACCAACAAAAACGAGAAAAUGAUGAACUUUUACGAGAAUCUCUGUUUCCGGUGCGGUCAAACGGUGUACCAGGUGGACCGCGUCGGUCCGCUGAAGGACUUUACAUUCUUCCACCAGGGCUGUUUCAAGUGCUCGGCAUGCGGCACGAAACUGACGCUCAAGACGUAUUACAACAAUCAGGAUUCCAAUGACGACAAGGAGGUCUACUGCAUCAGCCACGUCCCCAAGAUCGGACCAGGUCACCUGGACGGUUCGGCCGUGGGAAUCCGCUCUGCCCUUAAUGUGCCCAAGUCGUUCAACUACGUCAACGAACAGAUUCGUGGAGGAGGCAAGGGUACAUUUGACGCCGAGGCGUUGGCCAUCAAGCCGCACCUAAACAACGGCCGUCAAAGCGGUGAGAACGGACAUUUCGCCGAACAUCAGUAUGGACGAUUCGAUGCUAGCGCUCUUCACAUCGCCCACGCCCUACGUGCCACCGAACUCCAGCGAAGUUACCGACGACCUAUUGAAAAGCCUCUCGACUCUUAUCUGGACAAAGACACCCAAGUUCGAUUGGAGAUGAAACACCGUAAGGAAGAGGACGACUUGUACCGAAAAUUUGCCCGCCAACGUGAAGAAGAGGAAUUUAAGUUCAAAGAAGAAUUUCGGGAAGAGUGGGAGAAGGAGCUGGAGAAGUUGACGUCACGGUUCGAGCGCGAGCUGGCCAACAAACGGAAAAAACCCGACGAGCAAAAAGUAUUGACUCUGAGACUGCAAAGGGAGCGCGAGGAUCUCGAAAAGAAUCUAACCGUCCGCCGUGACAAGAAGAAGGAGUCGCUCACCCGCAAACUCCUGGAACAUGAACGAGCGGCGACAGCAGCACUGGUGGAGAAGCAGAGCAAAGAGAUGAUGAACUUGAUCAACGAGAAACGCUCCGAGUUCAUGCGCGCCGAGAGCCUCUACAUCGACGAUGAUUACCAGACCGAGGAAUUGUUCCCUUACCCGAGCAACCCUCCUGCACCUCAACCACCCGGUGUGGCGAAAACUGACAUCUACCACGAUCCGCUCGUCUUUGCUGAUAUUGAUCAAAUCGCUAUUUCGGUGGCACAAGAAGAUCAGAAAACAUUCACAGACCUUGUACGCAUGUUGAUUGGACGAUGUGGAUCCGAUGUCGAGAAAGCCAGAACCAUUUUCCGGUGGAUCACGGUCAAGAAUUUGAACACGAUGCAGUUCGACGACACGGUUCGCACAGAUACACCGAUGGGUUUGCUCCGAGGCAUCAAACACGGUACGGAAAGCUACCACGUCUUGUUCAAACGCAUCUGCAGCUAUGCCGGUUUACAUUGCGUGGUUAUCAAGGGCUAUUCAAAAUCAGCCGGCUAUCAACCGGGAGUCCGCUUCGAGGACAACCGCUUCCGUAAUUCGUGGAACGCUGUCUAUGUUGCCGGAGCUUGGCGCUUCGUGCAGUGCAACUGGGGCGCCCGCCAUCUGGUCAAUGCUAAAGAAGUACCCAAACCGGGUAGCAAGAGCAAAUCCGACAGUCUUCGUUACGAGUAUGAUGAUCAUUACUUCUUAACGGAUCCGAAGGAAUUCAUCUACGAAUUUUUCCCUCUUCAAGCCGAAUGGCAACUGCUUAAAACCACCAUCACUCUCAAAGAGUUUGAAGACCUGCCUUUCGUGCGUUCCCUCUUCUUCCGUUAUGGGUUGUACUUCCCAGAUGACAACACCAAGGCAGUUAUGGUUACGGAUUCCACAGGAGCUGUUACGAUUCGAAUUGGUAUGCCGUCCAACAUGCAAGCCAGCCUCAUUUUCCAUUACAACCUCAAGUUUUACGACAAUGAUACCGACACAUUCGAAAACACCAGUCUUAAGCGUUUCGUCAUGCAGUCUGUUGUUGGAAACGUGGUGGCUUUCCGAGUGCACGCCCCUUGCAGUGGGGCUUUCCUUCUGGAUAUCUUCGCUAACGCAGUGACACCACGCGAAUACCUGACAGGCGAGCCAAUGAAAUUCAAGAGCGUUUGCAAGUUCAAGAUCGUUUGUGAGGACCUUCAGACAGUCAUGGUCCCUCUGCCGGACUGUGCUAGUGGCGAAUGGGGCCCGAUGAAGGCAACGCGCCUUUUUGGCCUGGUGCCCAUUACUCAUCAAGAUGCGCUGAUUUUUGCCGGCCGUGAACUCGAAUGCCAAUUCCGCAUGUCCCGACCGUUGACCGACUUUAUGGCUACACUACACAAAAACGGCUCGGAAGAGAAACGGCUUGCUAAAUACGCCACGCAUUAUGUCACGGACGACCUGGUCACCUUUAAGAUCAGUUUUCCCGAAGAAGGUCAAUACGGAAUGGAUAUUUAUACGCGUGAAGUCAAUUCGAUGGGGACCAGCAGCGGUAACAACGCCGAGCAGAGUAACGAGAAACAUCUGUUGACUCAUUGCUGUAAAUAUCUGAUCAAUUCUUCUAAACGCAAUCAGAUUUAGAGUUGAAUUCAACCGCUAAACAGCUUACCCAUCUCUUCCUUCUCUUCGUUCUUUCGCCUUUUGUUUGUGGUGCUAAAUUAACAAGGUAAUCAAGUAGCAACUGGUUCCUCAUCCAAUCACUUAAACAACACAGUAGCUGCACUGAUUCCUGCAAUCAUUAUUAUUUUUUUUGUUUUCGUUUUUUCCUCGAUCGGUAUUUGAAAAGAACAGAGACACUGUGAAGCCGUUUGAAAGCCGGCCUUCCAUAUGAUACCAUUCGUUUCAUUCACAUUACGUGUGGAUGACGCACAUUUUUAUGUUGAUAUUUUUAUUUCCCCUUCAUUUUGCCGGGCAAUAGGCAAGCUUCACAUCGAUGGACGUUGACGUUUGAAAACGGAGGAAAAAUGAUUUUUUUUUCUGCCUAUUUUUGUAUAUUCUUUAUAACCAAGACGCAGAUGCCUUCACAUAAUGUUAACUCCUUUUUUUUUCAAGAGUAUUUAGUCCUCUCACCUAGAAAAUUGAUGGACGUUUCAUCAUAUUACAUUCCUUGUAACGCAAAAAAACACAAAAAACAAAAACAAACCAAAAAAAAACACAAAAAAAAAUUAUUGGAAAUAUGGUUUCAGUGAUUCACUUCUAUUGUUGUAGGCAUAUUUAGAAACUAAUACGGUUUUAAUAACCUACAGUGCAUUCUGUAGAAUCGUGAAAUAAAAAACAUUCUAAAACUGUGUAAUCGCAAGUAUGGCAGUUGAUCAACUGCUGAUGACUGAAGUCCUAAUACAAAAGGAAAAAUGGUGCUUGUAAUACACUAGAAAACAACAU